CAUCUCUCUCCAGUGACACACCGUCGUCUGUCACCUCCUCUCUUACAUUGAGAACGACGACGAGCCUGUUCUGAAAGCGGCUUAUUCGCAGAGCGCGAGCCCGUUUUCGCAGCGUAUCAGAAAAACACGAGAAAAGUAUUAACCGGUUCGCCCUUGUGUAUGAAUCCCUUCUACUCUUGGGCGCGUUCUGACCUCGUCAUUCAGUAUUCAACGAACUAAACAUCACCGCUUAGCGUGACGUUUUCGAACAAGCAAUUUUUUACUUCAACUUAAUUCAACCUAACGCCGUCACAAUGCCUUCGAGGUUCCAGCCGAGCCCACUCUCAGAGACGACUUAUCAUUCAUACUUUGACGGUUCAGAUUCUGAGUUUGAGUCCGACAUUGGAGACGAAUACCAAGACAUCCCAUCACGGCCAACGAGUCGCCUGGGCUUCUUCAGCAACUCCAGCGAAGACCUUGCAUCCGAGGAUCCUCCUGCAUUAGAAUCCGAUAUUGCUUGUCGGCAGUUUGACGGCCUGAAGUGGACGUGCGCUGCGCUCAAGAGAAUGGGUGCCUCAUCAACUGUCGGCGAAGAACUCCUUCCUCGGUCGAAAUUCUCGUCGCCCUUUGAUGAUUUUUCAGCUGAUGAUGUCGGUCUUUCGUCUUCAGAAGACAGCGACUCAGACAUUGAGCAGGAUCGUCUUUUCGAGCGCAGCGAGCCUCUCGAGCUCGCCUUUCCGACUCCCUUACUGCCACCCCCUACCACCUCCCGAAGAAAAUUUUCAUGUCUUCCUUCGCCCUUAUCACCCUCCCCUGUGCACUGCCCUACUCCCUCACCUAGCCGACAUGACUAUGAACAGCAUGGGUACUCCCGACAUGGCCUUCAUCAUCUGAAAUGGUUCUGGGCGUUGCGAGAAGAAGAGUGGAUUGAUGCCGCCUAUGACGGGGUGCCGCAGAUUCAUGGAUCUAUUCCUCAACCAGUCCCACUGCCACCAAUGUCCGUCCACCCUCGCCGAGGUGAUAUAUCUGCUCUGCGCGACCCUUUCUGUGUGCACAUGGACCGGUACUUUGUUGCAAUACCUAUGUGGACGAUGGCAAAGGCACUAUGGAUGUUUGAUAUGCAUAUGGCGGGCGAGGUCAAGGCGAGGUUGAAGCGACCUGCUGAAGAAGAAGACGAGCUGGAGGAACUGGAGGACGAUUUGACUAUAUCAAUUGGUGGGAGCAGCAGUGGCGAUGAUUCAGAAGUUACCCUCGUAGGGAGCGAUGGCGAGGAUGGCGAAUACGUUGAAGUGGAUCUAAAUGAAGAACGUUCCGCUGCAAAUAUUAUCCCGGUGAAGACGAAGAAAGCUGGUCGUCGGCGCAAAGUAUAUGUGACCCCGACUGCUGUGCCAGUGUCGUUCGCGCAUAGACUUCCUUGGGAGACGAGCUGGUACAAACGGACAGAGCUUCUUCUUGAGCUCACCAGGCUGGAUCGCGAGCAUCGAUGAAAUAUUCAUCACUAUUAAUAAUAUUAUUUGAUUCACGCAAGGUCACGACCUGUACGAGUUUAAUCUUCAUUGGCACCAUUACGGAGCAUAUAAGCUUCUUUCACUUGCAUUCUAUCCAUAAUUACAGUACGGACCACUCAUGUCUCUUUUACGUUCACAUUUUACCCAACUUUGAUUUGUUAUACCCCUCUGUUUGUCUAUCUACAUAUGUAUAAUCGUUAUUGGCAGCCAAAUGUUCAU